CUUUCUGCUGCAUGGCUGGUGGCUUGCGUACUCCCACAAGUCGUGAGUGAACAACGGAAGAGCAAGACAAAGGCCCAUCAAAGAUCGCGCAACCAGACUAAUUCCAAAAUUCCGGAAUCCGUUCCGUCGGUUUUGCAGAAUGUGAUUGCCAUCAUCGUGCACAUACAUCGUAUUGCUAGUUUUUCUCUGUGUCGAGUGUUUUUCCGCUGCCAUUAUGAGUGCUUAAUGCAAGUUGAGGGUUUUUUUUCGUUUGGAAAAUUUUUAAGUUUAGCAAUUUUGUCUUUUCCCUUCGGACGGUUCAUGUUCUCAGGACUAAAGGCGAAGCGUGGAACGGGAUUUGAUUGACUGUGAAGCCUUAAUUUUUUUUUCUCCAAAUACAUUGGAAUAGACAAUUUUCAUCCUAACAAAAUGUCCAGUCGAGUGCGGAAACAGAACGAGCCGAUGAAGGCAUUUGUCCCGGUAAGUUCACUGCUGGUACGUGGCUCGGUGCAUUGUAACAGUGCGGGUGCAGCAGCAAGUGGGGGAGCCAUCGGAUCUAAAUCACUUUCGGCAAACUUGUCCCCUCCGAUAAGACACAUCUCACCGGAACAUGCAAUUUCCGGCAAUCGGAGUCCUGGUGCUCUGAGCUACAAAGGCAAAGUACUGAAUUUAAACGAAGGAGCUAUACGGAGGACCGCAUCGCUGGAUGCCCUGUAUCUAAGACCGGCUCCUUCCUGGAGUCUGCUCAGCUCUACUUUGCUUCAGCUUGACAAAGCAACCCAGACGGAAGAAUCGUUUCUGGAGCGCACACGGGGCAGCACCUGGGUCGGCAGCAAUGCCGGAAUGGGUCCCUCGGCUGAAUCCUCUCCGAUCAUAACCCGAUCGGAGGAGACCACACCGACUGAUCUGAAAAUGGAAAAAGUGAUAAGACAAAGACUGCAGCGUACGCAUCGUGGCGAACAUUCCGUUAGUUCGCAAACACUGAGCCCUAACCAUGCAAAAGCAAGCCCCGUUUCGAUACCUCCACGUACCUGUCCGCCUGUUCAUAUGCGUCCUAUGCGGAGUUCCGUAGAAGGAUUGAACCAGGAAAUCGAAAAACUCGUCCUGUUCACAAGCCAACCGCAUACCUGUCGAUCUGAUCUAGAAAUGUAUUCUCGGGGCACACCCGAGGGACAUCGCGCACCACUGGCUGAGCUGUUCCACGCUGCUGGGGGUGGUGGAACCGGUGUUAGCGAUACUCGGUCUGUCAAUACUCAAACACCGCUAGGCGACCGGUUGUCAUCGGAUGAUGGAAGCCAGAGUACUUCGCCCGAUGAUGGGGCGGCUGUUUCGAGCGCUUCGCCUAGAAUAAACAAGUUUCUGGCCAGAGAACCUCCGGAUGGUUGUGAGAAGGUAAACUUAAAAUUGACCGAAGCUGACACGAAUACAAACAUGACGCAUUUCAAACCGUGCGUCGCAUUCCAGUUGCGACCGUCACUCGGCUCGGCGUUUCAACCGCUGCAGCCAAUUCCGACAUUGAAGACAACUCCGGAAAACACGCUGGAUGAAGAACAAGCAUCCGGCGACUCGGAUGUUUCCCAACAAAAGCCUGUAUCGGCCUUCAUCGGCGAAGACGACGGUAAAUGAGUUAUGUUUAUGCAAACCAAGAGCUAGGGCACUUAUGAAAAUCGUAGCACUUUCCGGUUCACACACGCUCGGUACAACACAUGGCUGACACACCAACAUUAAGAGGUAAAAUAAGAAAAAUCAUCCACAAAUGGUAGGUACAACACUCUUGUCGAUUAAAUACUACAUUAUUUUCGUAAACUCAUUAAAAAAAACUUCUCUGACACUGAUAAACUGAAAUAAAACUGCGCCACAUUUAUCGUAUAUUUAUAAAGUAGAGUGCUUCUUAUUGUAUGACAGUGGAAAACCACCAUUAUGUUUGGUUUAAUUGAAAGGAUACAAUUCGAUUCGCCGUUUCUAUAUAUGUUUGGGUUUGAAUAAGACUUUUUUUUCCUUCAACUGUAACCCUUAAUGUGAAACGAAUGUACGUAUAUUAUCGGAGAAAUGAAAUGGUCACAUUACAAAUGUUGUGUUGAAAAUAUUGUGACAUGUCUGUAAAUAAUAGGAAGAAGAGCAAUGCAGGAAAGAUAAGCUCAUUUAAACAGCUACCAGGAAAUUAAGUCUAACUCUCAAAAGUAAUUUAACAUUU